GACAUCACUCGCCUUGCUGUCAUCUAAUUUUUGUUUCCUAUAUUUGAAUCCAACGACGACCCCUUCAACAGGAGUAGCGUGUAGCAAGGGAAGUUCUCCACACGACCUGUUUGCAUAACUCCUAUCGCCUAGAGGCGUCUCUCUAGACUUGUCCAUAUAAUAUUUUUGUAUUCCAUCUUCCACAUUAGGCUCUUCAUCAUGAGCAGCGCCGACGAGGUCACGAUCUCCCCGACGAGGACCAUCCUCCUCACAGCAUGGGGAAUUUUCAAAGCGCAAUGGCCGCUCCUCAUCCCACUCUUCAUCGUCCUCCGGAUUUUGUAUAAGCGUUAUGCUUCACCUUUACGCGAAUAUCCCGGUCCCUUCGUGGCCUCUUUCACCCGUCUCUGGAAAGUCAUGUCCACGAUUUCGGAACAAACUCAUAUGCACCACAUCGAACUGCACCGCAAGUACGGCCCCAUCGUGCGCAUCGCACCCAACGAGCUCUCCUUUUCAUCUCCAACGGUCGCUCGUCACGUUCUCUCGGCCGGAAAGCGUUUCUAUAAGACGGACUUUUACUCCGUCUUCCCGCCGCCAGAGAACCCGGACAUCUUCACCGAGAUUCGGGAGGAUGUGCACGCCAUGAAGAAGAAGGUGGCCAACGUGCCGUACUCGAUGGCCGCCAUGCGCCAGCUCAGCCCUUUCAUCGAUGACACUAUCGACUUCCUCGUUAGUCGACUCGACCAGUUCUGCCCUGACACUGCCAUCCCCGGAUUCCAACAGGCUGGUCUCCCCGGUCGAAACACUAUUGUUAACCUUGGCGACUGGCUGCACUUUUUCGCCUUUGACGUUCUCGGUGAGGUGGCCUUUGGAAGGUCGUUCGGCUUCUUAGCUGCUGGCGUCGACAAGGAUAACGCUAUCAAGACUAUCGACAACAGCCAGAAGUACAAUGGUAUCGUUGGACAGAUCCCCGAGAUUGACUGCCUGCUAAGAAGGAACCCGCUCUGGAGGUGGAUUCCUGCCUUCGACCCCAACAAUGGGGUUAUCACUCGUUUUGCCCGCGAGGAAAUGCAGAAGCGUCGCCCCUUCGAAGUUGAACGUGAUGGCAAGGGUGCUAGCGGCGAUGGUCGUGAAGACCUCUUAUCUUCUUUAAUUAAGGGCCACCUAAAGGACAAGAGAAAGUUCCACGAAGGUGACAUCUUUGCCGUGGCUCAUGGUGCUAUCUUCGCCGGCUCAGACUCGACUGCCUCUUCCAUGCAAUCCUUCUUCUGGCACGUCCUAUCUGCCCCUAAGGUGCUUGCAAGGUUGGUAGAGGAGAUUGAUACGGCGGCACGUGAUGGAACGAUCUCGGCGCAAGGUAACAUCCAGUGGACUGAGGCUCAGAACCUACCAUACUUCCAGGCGUGCCUGAAGGAGGCGAUGCGUAUGCGUCCCGCGGUCGGUGUUAACAUUGCUCGAUACGUGCCUCCGGAGGGUAUCGAGAUCGAAGGCCGCCACAUUCCCGGUGGUACACGGCUCGCCCUCAACGGCUGGGUUCUGCACCGCGACAAGGCCACCUUCGGCCAGGAUGCCGACUACUUCCGUCCGGAACGCUGGCUCGAGGACCCCGAAAACGCCAAGGUUAUGGAGAGAUACAUGUUCCAGUUUGGUGGUGGUGCCCACGUCUGCAUCGGUCGGAACCUAGCGCUACUCGAGAUUAACAAGGUGAUCCCUCGCCUUCUCCGCGACUUCGAGUUCGAGCUGGUCUACCCGGGCCGAGAGCUCAAGGCGAAGGCGACGUUCUUCGUGGUCCAGGAAGGCCUCGAGGUGUACAUCUCGCGAAAGCAGAGCGAGAAAGAGACGCAGAAAUAAAAGCUUAGACUCAUACCAUAUAACUAGUUCUUCAAAGAACAAACUUAAUGAUGCUACUAAUAAUAGUAUCGGGGACGGCGGGCAACGGCGUUGUUGUGUUAGAGCUGGGCUCGCGGCUUACGAAAAAAAAAUGCUUUUACUUGGGCA